CAAUCGCAUUUCAGCUUUCUGCUCUACCUACUCCGCGCCCAUCGAAUCUCAUCUUUGUGUUUUAUUAUUGUUUACUAAAAUCUUAUAGAAUAAGUUAUUUAGCACUGAACUAAAUCAUACAAUGGGCCAAGGUAAAAGUCAGUUUACUGAGGAAGAAUUACAAGAUUACGAGGAUUUGACCUACUUUACCAAGAAGGAAGUACUAUAUGCUCACCAGAAAUUCAAAGCUCUAGCUCCUGAGAAAGUAGGCCACAAUAAAAAUGCUAAAUUACCGAUGACAAAGGUACUCCAAUAUCCCGAGUUACGAGUGAAUCCGUUCAGGGAUCGCAUUUGUAAAGUAUUUAGCUCCAGUAACGAUGGAGAUUGCACCUUCGAAGACUUCCUAGACAUGAUGUCUGUGUUCAGUGAGAUGGCACCGAAGGCUGUGAAGGCUGAACAUGCUUUUAGAAUAUUUGAUUUUGAUGGUGAUGACAUGAUCGGAGUAUCAGAUUUACGUGAAGUGAUUGAAAGGCUGUGUGGUCCAGAACUAAAGUUGAGUGACUCGGAGAUACAGCAGCUAGUACAGAAUGUUCUGGAAGAAGCCGACUUAGAUGAUGAUGGGGCUCUAUCCUUUGCCGAGUUUGAACAUAUCAUUGAUAAGAGCUCAGAUUUUUGCCAUGCAUUUAGAAUAAGACUGUGAACUGAAGAUCUACAAAAUACUCUACACUGUCACAAUUUGAAAACUUAAGUACUCAUGUAUUCUCGAAGUAAUACCUCUAGAUGUUGUCUCAAAAUACUUUUUUGUACCUAUUAUAUUUUGAAUUAUUUUAUACAACUUUUUUUAAAAAUAGGCAAGCUUUAAUUACUUAUCUUUUUUACUAUAACAAUGACUGUAUGAAUCUAUGGAACAGCAGCUUUAUAACUUAUAAAAAAUAUGCCUCUGAUAAGAUAAUUUUUUUUAUACCUAAUUUCCUUAGUUCGUCUUUAAUUGUAUUUUGACUAGUAAGUUUUUUCAUCCUAAUCAGACAAGGCUUUUUAUAACUCGUAUAUAGUAUUCCAGUAGCAAUAAUAAAUAAGGAUUGUACAAUAAUAGUCUCAUUUUAUAAUGUUUAUUUAAAAUUCAUUUAUUGUACUUUUUGCACUAAUUAGAC